AUGACCUCAAGAUUAAAUAAAUGUUCAGAGAAUGAGAUAAAAACAAUACUUGAUACAGAAUCAAAUUCUAGUAGAGAAGGAGAAUCAUGUGACAAUAUUAAUGAAAUUACAUUGAGAAAAAAGAAAAGUUCCAAAGUACAAAAUAUAGUAGAACAUAUUGUAGAUGCAUCUUCAGAUACAGAAAAUGUGUUUCAAAGUUAUAAGAAUACAUUACAAAAAAUCAAUAAUUUACAUAAAGAAAAAAGUUCUCUUAGAAUUAAACUUAGAAGAUCCACAGAACAAAGCUUAUACAAAAUUGAUACAGACUCUGAAUAUGAGAAAGCUAUUCAUAAAUCCCACAAACGAUUUUACAGACAAAAGAAGAAAAGUUAUUCAGAAAUGGAAAGUGAAGGAUCUUGUUCUGAUAGCAAAGAUAAUUUUACAACGGGUAAAUUAAAUAAUAGUAAGAAAUUGGUAGAGAAACAAAUUGAAAAUGGAUUAGAAACAGAGAGAUUAGAAAGAGGGAGUAGAAACAGAAAGCCACCUUUAAGACUUUCUUUUUAUCAUUGUGAUACUUUAAAUUUUUCAGAAAGUACUCCAAUAAAUUCUCCAUCUUUAAGAAGUAGAAAAAAUAUUAAUUAUAAUGAGGAUAAAUUACUUGUCAAUUCUAUUAUAUAUAAUCUCAAAAAUAAAAAGCAAUCAGAGAAGCAACCGCACAAUAAGGCUUCCAAUAAUUCAGAUAGUAAACAUGAUUUAGGAGUUAAUCCUAGACAUUUGAAUAUAAACAAUAAUAAACGAAAUCGUAUUCCUUCUACAAGAGAUGGAGAAAAUGGUAGCUAUACAGAUAUAAUAUUCAAAGUAAAGUCAUUAAAAAAAUCUAAUAAAUCUAAGAGUAGACAUAAGUUGGAUCAUAGCUCAAAAAUACAAGAGAUAACUCAGAAACAAGAUUCAUUAAUAUCAGCACCUAUAAAUAAUACACCUGUAAAAUUGAAUAAACAAAAGAGAACAAAUUGUGGGAAUACACAAAAGAAUAUUCGAUAUGUUAAUGACAAUAACAGGAAUAGCGAGGAUGACUGUUUGGUUGAUAUUUAUAAACGGAUUAAAAUUUCAUCACCAAUUAAAAACUUUACUCCUACCAGAUUGAAUAAGCAAAAGAAGGUAAUUUCUGAAAAUACAGAGACAGGUGUUCAAUUUGACAAUAAGAGAAGCAGUAGUACAGGGGAUGAAUAUUUAUCCGAUACAUACAAAAGUGUUAAAGUUUCAUCUACAAGGAAAAUACCACAAAUAAAACAUAGUGUAGAGAAAAGCAUAGAGUCACAUUUAGAAGAAACUCAUUUGAGUACUCCGAAGUCUCAUAAAAUAAAAGUAAAACAUAGUAAUUUAACACCAUCAUUAGUAAAACGAAAUAAUGUUCCUUUGAAACCAACUACUCCAUUACAGGAGGCUAAAUCUAGGUUACAUGUUAGUGCUGUUCCAAAAUCACUGCCUUGUAGAGAAGAGGAAUUUAAUAAUAUCUUUACAUUUCUUAGAGGGAAGUUGGAAGACAAAAAUGGAGGAUGUAUAUACAUAAGUGGAGUACCAGGGACAGGUAAAACUGCAACUGUAAAUGAAGUUAUUAGGUGCUUACAAAAGUUGAUAAUUAAAGGACAAUUAGAUGAUUUUAAUUAUGUUGCAAUUAAUGGUAUGAAACUAACUGAGCCAAGACAAGCUUAUGUACAAAUUCUAAAACAGUUGGAUGGUAAAACAGCAACUUGGGAGCAAUCGUAUCAUAUUCUUGAAAAAAGAUUUCACAGUACUACUUCUAAAAUGACAUUGCUUCUUAUAGAUGAACUUGAUUUCUUGUGUACAAAACGUCAAGAUGUUGUUUACAAUUUAUUAGAUUGGCCAACAAAGUCAACAGCACAGUUAGUUGUUAUUACUAUAGCUAAUACUAUGGAUCUACCUGAAAGAGUUUUAAUGGGUCGUGUUACAUCACGAUUAGGUUUAACACGAUUAACUUUUCAGCCUUAUAAUUACAAACAACUUCAAGAAAUAGUAAUGUCUAGACUUAAGGAUUUUUAUGGUUUUAGAAAUGAAGCUAUACAGCUUGUUGCACGAAAAGUUUCUGCUGUAUCUGGAGAUGCUAGACGAGCUUUGGACAUAUGCCGUCGUGCUGUGGAAAUUGCGGAAUCGCAAAGUGCUGAAACAAUAUCCCUUCAGGAUGUAACAGAAGCUGUAUCUGAAAUGAUCGCAUCUGCAAAAGUGCAGGCCAUAAAACACUGUUCAAAGAUGGAGCAAAUAUUUUUACAAGCGAUGUCUGCAGAAGUCACGCGAACUUCGAUUGAGGAAGUAUAUUUUAAAGAUGCGUACAAACAACUUGAAUCGCUAUGCUCUUUCGAUGGCAUUGAAGUACCUUCGGUAACAGAAAUACUUGCUAUUUGUGGAAGAUUAGGUGCUAAUAGAUUAUUAAUAUGUGAACACUCGAAAAAUGAUAUAUAUCAAAAGAUUUUAUUAAAUGUUUCUACAGAUGAUAUUCAUUAUGCAAUUAAGGAAUUAAAUUUAAAUUAA